AUGGCCCAUCUCGCCAACCCUCUGGCGACCACGUCGCAAUUGUACCAGCACACCGUCCUGUCUUCCCUACCACAGGAUCUCCAGGAAUCCAUCUUCAUCGCCACGCAAUGCCUUACGCAAGCCGCGGGACAGCUUCUCGACCUACCCCAGUCUGUGACGGCACGAGCCAACGUUAUUCUCGCGAGGUACUGGCUUGUAGAUUCGCCAAUGGCACAUGAAUUCAGCGUGCGAUUCUCUACCAGCCACCGUCUCCCAACAUGUCCAACUAUGGUAGCUAACACUUGCCAGGACGCCUCAGCAGCAGCAAUCUAUCUCGUCGCAAAAGUCGGCCCCAUUCCUCGAUCACCACGCGACGUGUCUAACGUAUACGCAUACCUCCUUUCCUCGAGCUCUACACUCUUUAAAACUGGACAUGUGCCUAAAAAUGACCCGAAGACAUAUUACCAAUCCGAAGCCGAUUACUUCUCAUUCCAGAACCGCCUCCUCGCACUUGAAUCGCGCAUCCUCUAUGCCUUGACAUUCAACACCCAUGCUGCACUCCCGCACGCCUUGGCUAUAACCUACCUCCAAACAAUGGACUUUUUAUCCCAGCCAAAAUCCAGCAUCUCACGAAAGACGAUUCAGCAUCUCAACACGGCGCUGCUAAGCCCGCAGAUGUUAUACCUUACCCACCAGCCGAAUGCGCUUGCCACUGCAGCAAUAUACAACGCUGCGAGAGACGUAGGGGCUAAGAUGCCAGACUGUGAUUGGUGGGAGGUUUUUGACGUGGACAGAGAGGAGUUGGGAUUCCUCGUAGUUGGCAUGAGGAGUGUUGAGGGGUGGUUUCGACAAAGAAAAGAGGAGACACCCGAACUAUUUAAGGGAAUGCUGACCAGGAAAUUGAUCGAGGGAGAGAUGAGGAAGAGGGGAUUACAGGUAACCAACGGUGAAGGGAAGGAGGACGAGGAGGAUGAGGUUAUGAAGAUAAUGGACAACCGAUAA